GAGAGAGAGAGUGUUGUACACAAUCAAGCACCGCGUGAGAGAGACACAGAGGAAAAGACAUUUACAACACAAGAGAGUAAAGGAGAGUAGGAUGCUGAGAAAGAAAAAAACUGACGCGUAACCAGGACCUGGGAGAAACACGGAAGAAUCUUUUAUGAUAGUUAUCUUCGAUCGGGCGAUCAUCUUUUAUUAGCUUUUCCAAAUGCCACGUGGACACCGAAAGCUUCAAAGCCACCUGGAUGAAAGUAGCAGCUCUACCCAGCAAGCGUGGUGUGUGACUUGCAUGUGAACUAAAUGAGCUGAAUCUACAUAAAAAAAACAAGGAUUUAUUUAACUUUCUGGAGCAACGAACUUAUCUUUUGAAUUAAGCAAACAACAGAUUGAUUGUUUCGCGAGCGCUUCUGCGGAGCCGAGCCCAUGUGACACGCCGUGCGCCUGCUGUUCAACCGAGGGCAACAUUAUACUUACUAAACCGGACAGGAUGCUGACUUUCUCAAAAAACAUCUUCCAGCCUGCUGAAGCAAGCUAACUCGAUAGAAAAACCUCCUCCUAAAUGUCACGUCUGUAAAACAACACCAAGUGUUAAAAGGAUGUUGUACAGAAGGUUGGGAUGAGCCUCGGGGAUGGGGCAAAAACAAAUGCGUUUUUUCUUUCAAUGACUUAUGCUCUCCAUUCCUCUCUACCUAAGAAUGAACUGAUAUCUGGGGAAACAUUGGAAAUCCAAGAGCCGUAAUGGUUGAGAGCGGGAGCCAUACAAACGAGAGAUAUAAGCUAUUUGGAGAAACUGCUGGCAAUCUUAAGAUUUUUAAUGAUAGGAAUACUCAACCCAGGCGCCAGCUCUAAGUCAAACACCGCGUGGACCUCUACCCGUGAAACUCUGGCUGCUCUGUUUAACACCUGAAGCAUCUUGACGGCACAAUGCUGUGUGCUCAGGGUGUUGCCGCACCCCUGAUGCUGAGCUCUUUCCUAUUGCAGCUGGCCAGGGCCGACCUCCCUUCUGGUUGUUUGAUCGCAUCCGAUAUCCUGAGCUGCACCAACCUCAGCCUUGAACAUGUUCCUGUAGAGUUGCCUGUAAUGGUGGCCACGUUGGACUUCAACCACAACUGCUUAAAACAGCUGGAGGAUGGCAGCUUCGCUGGACUACCCAAUCUGGACACCUUACGGUUAGCCCACAAUUGGUUGAGCAGGCUCACUCCAGGAACCUUCAGGAAUACAAGUAGCAUACAUCACCUGGACCUUUCAUCUAAUCAGUUAAAUGUUAUAGAGGAGCACUACUUUCAAGAAUUAGUAGGAAUCAGGGAGUUGCUCCUAUACAACAACCGUAUAGUAAGGGUGGAAAGCAACGCCCUGAAGGGUUUGACAAACCUGCGUAAGGCCUACCUGAGCCAUAACAGGCUGACAGACUUCCCUUUCUUUUCAGUCCAGGAAAAUGCCAACCUCAUUAUCCUGGACCUAAGCUCGAACCGUAUGCCCAACCUUCCUGCGGAGUACAUUUUCAGUCUACAGGAAUCAAUACAGCGAGGGUUGUUCCUGCACAACAACUCUCUCCAUUGUGACUGCUCCAUGUACAGCCUGUUCAAACACUGGGAGCAGCGAGGCUUCAAUUCUGUGAAAGACUUCCGAGAGGAGCACACCUGCUUGCUUUACGGCGAGCCGCGCGCUUCAGUGAGGUUUCUCCAACACAUGCGAUACUUUGAGAACUGCACUUUAAAACCGCACGUGGAGACAGAGAGUCUGACAGCAGACACUGGGGAUUUGUUGCUUUUGGAUUGUAAAACAUCAUUAAUGGGAAAGCAUCUCACCUUCUUGUGGGUGUCCCCGCAGAAGGAGUACAUUGCUCCCCCUGGUAACACCAGGAUGCGAAUGUAUGCAAAUGGAACCUUGGAAAUCUUGGCAGCACAAAUGAAUGACUCCGGGAUGUACUUGUGCAUGGCUCUAAACCAUAAGGAGUCACGCAACGAGACUCGAGAAGUGAACAUAACAGUGGUUGAAAAGCAUCAUGUGGAUGAGCCUUUCAACACCGGCUACACAACCCUCUUGUGCUGCGUGGUCAGCCUGGUUCUGGUUCUUAUGUACCUCUACCUGACGCCUUGCCGGUGCUGGUGCCGCAAGCAGCCCCCACUAUCAACGCCAAGUCCCGCAAACGAAUGCAGCGUCCAAUCGUCUAUCAUGUCUCCCACGCCACCUGCCACCACGGAGGGCCCCGGCCGCAAGGUCAGUAACAACAAGCAUGUGGCCUUUCUGGAACCCAUCAAGGAGACACAGAACGGGAGGCCGCGGGCAGCACUGGCCCCCGAUCACCCCAGGCUGACGAAGAUGUUUCAGUCCAAACCAGCAGUCACCCAGCAGCCGGCUCCUGACAUAUGGACCACUCAAACAUCGCCACAAUAAUCUCUGCGGAUAAAACUACGAAUACAUCUCAGGCCUUAACCUACAGCACGGCUCCUGUAAAAAAGUCACCAGCUACCAAUCUCAAGACCUUUUCUUUCUCAAUCUCUGUGUUUACAAAAAAAACUGUUCAUGAAAAUUCUGCGCACGCGUGUAUCGGCAAGAAAAACAAAUAAGCCGACAACUCCGUGAAACAACGAUGAUGUUCUGAUAAUGUUCAAAUAAUAAUGUUUAUGAAUGCCACAUCUAUCUUUCUAUACUUCCUGUUUAAAGCAAUAAUGAAUAAAACAAACGUAGAGUAGAUGACAAUAUGAAUCCCUCCAUCUGUGAGAGCUUGCAUUUUAAAUGGAAUUGUAGGGGAUAAAUGUGUAAUACUGCAUUGUGGGAAUGGCAGGACGGCAUGGCAGUUACUUGGAGGUGAAAAAUGAUGUAGGCAAUAAAGAGAAUCAACUCACUCACUGCUGCACUGCAGCUGUGUGUACGCUUUAUUUGAUACAAACAAACUCAACAACUUUGUCUUCAAUAGAGAGACAGAUUACAGAACAGCAACCUUGAACUUACUCAGGAUACAAAAGGCAGGCAUG